AUGAAUUUCGACGAAGGUCUGCAUAAAAGUAUUGAACUUGUGUACUCUUAUUUAACGAAAAUAGUUCGGAUUUGGAUAAGUUACAUAUACGAAUUCAAGAGACAAAAAGAUUACAAAAUGUUUUUACUUUUUAAGAAAACAACGCCUAAUGGUAAAGUCACGGUAUAUCUCAGCAAAAGGGAUUUCAUCGAUCACAUCGACCACACCGAUCCCAUAGAUGGAGUCAUCGUCGUCGAAGAUGGGUAUUUGCAGGGCCGGAGGGUCUUUGGACAGGUCAUCACUGUCUACCGCUAUGGUAGGGAGGAAGAUGAGGUCAUGGGCGUCAAGUUCAGUAAAGAAAUGGUCCUGGCCACCGAUCAAUUAGUGCCGUCCAAUAAGAAGGAGAAGCAACCGUUGACACCCGUCCAAGAGAAGUUGGUUAACAAAUUGGGACCGAAUGCCCAUCCCUUUACGUUCACCUUUCCCGACAUGUCGCCUUGCUCCGUCACUUUGCAGCCAGGCGAAGAUGACCAAGGCAAACCUCUCGGCGUGGAAUACUACGUGAAAUGCUACGUCGGCUCCAACGAGGAAGACAAAGGCCACAAACGCAGUACCGUCCAAUUGGCUAUCAAAAAAUUGCAAUACGCUCCUCUGGCGAAAGGCGCCAGCCGCCUGCCCAGCUCCCUGGUAUCCAAAGGUUUCACCUUCUCCAGCGGAAAGAUCAACUUGGAGGUCACCUUGGACAAAGACAUCUACUAUCACGGCGAAAAGAUCGGCGCCAACAUCAUGAUCAGCAACAACUCGAGGAAGCAAGUGAGAAACAUCAAAGUCUACGUGGUGCAGCAUUGCGAGGUGACCAUGGUCAACGCGCAAUUCUCCAAGUACGUCGCCAGCUUGGAGACCAGAGAGGGUUGCCCCAUCACGCCCGGCGCCAGCUUCACCAAGGUGGUGUACCUGGUGCCGUUGGCGUCGAGCAACAAGGACCGCCGCGGCGUCGCUUUGGACGGCCGUCUGCGCGACGACGACGCCAAUUUGGCCAGCUCCACGUUGGUGCCGGACGGCAAGUGCCCGAUCGACGCCAUCGGUAUCGUCAUAUCGUACUCGCUGCGGGUGAAAUUGAACUGCGGCACGCUGGGCGGCGAGCUCGUCACCGACGUGCCGUUCAAGCUGCUGCACCCGGCUCCCGGGGCGAUGGACAAGGAGCGCGCCCAGAGCAUCAAGAGGAUGAAGUCCAUCGACAAGGGGCGCUACGAGCAGAGCUUCGCCAACGACGACGACGACAACAUCGUCUUCGAGGACUUCGCCAGGUUCCGUCUCAGCAGGGACGAGUUGGAGUAG